AGUUGGACCCCUAGUCUAACUACACUGACCUGAAGCUAGCCGCUGGCCCGGACUGGAAAUUACGGUCAAAGAGCAGAGAUAACCUCUCCUCUGUCCUCCUUCCUGCUGUUCCUUCUCACCUCGACAGCCCAUGGCCACCUCUGACACCUCCGCUCCCCUCCCCCGCGCCCAGGGGGACUUCCUGCUCAGACCUCCCAGCCCUGUGGGUACUUGCGGCCAGGGCGCCUGCCCUUCCUCCUCUCGGUUCUGCUCUCUGCGGGCCGAGCCGGAACCUAGGAUCGGGGAGUGGUGUCAGGAAGCUGGGUGAGGUCUGGUUCUGCAUUGUUUUGAGAGAUCCUGUGAACAGUUGCUGUUGAUAGUGCUGUACCCAAGGCUGUCCGCUUCCUCCUGUGGUUUUAGGCUCAUCAUCAUGGAUCCUCUGCUGGAAGCCAAUGGCACCUUCGCCUUAAACCUUUUGAAAACACUAGGUGAAGACAGCUCGAAAAAUGUAUUUUUCUCACCCAUGAGCAUCUCCUCAUCCCUGGCCAUGGUCUUCAUGGGGGCAAAGGGAGACACUGCAAACCAGAUGAUUCAGGCACUCUCUUUGGAUAAAUGCAGCGGCAGUGGAGGUGGAAAUGUCCACCAGGGCUUCCAGGCACUUCUCACAGAAGUGAACAAGACUGGAACACAGUACAUGCUCAAAACAGCCAACAGGCUCUUCGGGGAAAAGACUUUCGAUAUUUUAGCAUCUUUUAAAGAUUCCUGCCGCAAGUUCUAUGAAGCAGAGAUGGAAGAGCUGGACUUUAAGGGAGAUACAGAGCAGUCCCGACAGCACAUCAACACCUGGGUGGCCAAAAAGACAGAAGAUAAAAUUACAGAGUUGCUGUGUCCAGGUGCAGUGAAUUCAGACACUCUGCUGGUGCUUGUGAAUGCCAUCUACUUCAAAGGAAACUGGAAGAAGCAGUUUAACAAAGAGGACACCCGAGAGAUGUCUUUCAAAGUCACCAUGAAUGAGGAGAAACCUGUGCAAAUGAUGUUUCAGAAGUCUACCGUUAACAUGACCUAUAUUGGAGAGAUAUCCACCACGAUUCUGUUGCUUCCCUAUGCUGGCAAUGAGCUGAACAUGAUCAUCAUGCUUCCAGAUGACCACGUUGAACUAAGAACGGUGGAAAAGGAAAUAACUUAUGAGAAAUUCAUAGAGUGGACAAGGCUGGACAAGAUGGACGAAGAAGAGGUGGAGGUUUUCCUCCCGCGGUUUAAACUGGAGGAGAAUUAUGACAUGAAGGAAUUCCUGUGCAAGCUGGGCAUGACUGAUGCCUUUGAGAACAGGGCAGACUUUUCUGGAAUAGCAUCUAAAGAAGGCUUGUUUCUGUCCAAGGUCCUUCACAAGUCCUUUGUGGAGGUCAAUGAGGAGGGCACCGAGGCUGCGGCUGCCACUGCCGCCAAUAGCUGCGUGCUGGUGAACUUGCCAUCCAGAGAAAGAGAGGAGAGAGCAGAGAAAGAGAGGAGAGAACAGAGAAAGAGAGGAGAGAACAGAGAAAAAGAGGCUCUGUCGCUGUGCCGGUGGCCCACAUACACCAUGUCUACCUGCCUGCCACCAUGCUUCCCACCAUGAUGACAAUGGACUAAACCUCUGAAAAUAUAAGCA